AUUUCUUCUGACAAACUGGUCAUAGCAUUGGAGCCAGAAGCCGCAGCAGUUUACUGUCGAUUUUUACCGAUGGAAAAUAGUGACCAAGAGGGUUCACUGUCUACAUUAAAAACAGGGAGCAAAGUCCUUGUUGUUGAUGCAGGAGGCGGCACGGUUGAUAUAGCUGUCCAAGAGCUAGCAGAGAACGGUUCGUUGAAGAACAUCUUCAAAGCCAGUGGCGGUGACUGGGGCGGGACAAAGGUCGACGAGGCUUAUUUGAGGUUUUUAGAAGACAUUAUAGGAAAGGACUCCAUUGACGAAUUUAAACGAUCCUAUAUUGAAGACUACAUGUUUAUGAGUCGCCACUUCGAAAUGAAAAAGCGAGAAGUUGACCCACUGAAUAGUGAUAAACCGGUGGUGUUCAGAAUUUCAGCAACGUUACCACAAUUAGUGAAGCAAAGUAAAGGCAAGGAGAUACACGACCUAAUCAAUGACUCUACAUUUAAAAACAAGGUGUCAAUAAAAGCCGACAAAUUAAAAGUCGAUAUGGAUGUAGUGAAGAACUUUUUCAAGAUCCAAAUUGACGCUAUAGUUGACCACGUUUCCAAUCUGCUUGACCAAUCAACCAUAGGUGAUAUAGAAGCAAUUGUUUUAGUUGGAGGAUUUAACAAUUGUCUUUUACUCAAACAAGCAAUAAAGUCAAAGUUUGACAAACAUUCAAUCGUCGUCCCAAAUGAUCCAGACCUUGCAGUCUUGAAGGGGGCCGUGAUAUUUGGACAUAAACCAGAGCUGAUUUCCCAGCGAGUGAGCAAAUACACCUAUGGCGUAAAGUUGAGGGCGAAUUUUAAUGAACAUGUUCACAGAAAAUCUUAUAAGGUUAUAGCCAAGAACGGAGAUGCUCACUGCGAAAACGUCUUUGAUAAACAUAGCACAGCUAUGAAGUGCCUCAUUGUUGGAGAAGAACACGUUGAAAAAAGCUACUAUCCACAGGAAUCAAGCAAUACCGUUCUAUGCUUUAAAUUUUAUUACACCCUUGAUCCAGAUCCGAUGUACGUUACCGACGAAGGUUGUCAUUUUGCAGGUAAAUUGGAAGUUCCAAUUGAAGGAAGUGGAUUUGCCCGAUCGGUUAAAGUACGGAUGAUUUACGGAGGGACAGAGAUAGAGGUCGAGGCUACUGAGGCCGCUACUAGGAAAGUGCAUCGCCUAAAAAUUGAUUUCUUGAGAUAAACGUUCGUACAAAUAAAAAACGUAUCUUAAAAGUGUAAUAUGUUUGUUUAUGUUAAGGUUGUUCCAGACGUCUUAGGAACUUUCAAACAGAUCUUGGACCAGUUUAUUAAAAUUAAACAGUUGUUAUGAAAGUAUGUACUGAACUGAAUUAUCAAACAAUAAAUAUAUGGAAACUGAAAAUGAAUCCAUUUGUGUAGCAGUUUACAAAAUUAAAGUUUUAGAGCAUGCGACAGAGGGAAAUAGUUGCUGUACAUACCUCUUAGAAUGCAUGAUAUAUGAAAAUAUAUUACCUGCAUAUUCAAUUUGAUGUUCAUAAAUUAUUAUCUAAUUUGGUCAAAAUAGUACUAAUUCUAUUUUUAAUUCGAUUUGUUGUAACAACCAUUGCAUUGAAAAAUCAAAGUAAUCUUAGUUUUGUUUGGAAAAGUUUUUUCUGUCUUUUCGGAAAUGUUAUGUCUCGAAACCUCACUUUUUUAGGAAAGUAUUCAAUUUGUUUAUGCCGAAAUAUUGACCCUGAACGUGUCAGUAACCAGUAAACAUCCUGACAUGUUAUCAAAUAUCAUAUCUAUAUAAAAGGCUUGAUAUUUUGAUACAUGUGUGAUCAGUCUGUGGUGUUGAGAAUGUUGCGUGUCUUUCGUUUAGUAACUGUUUCCUUUAGCCUUUCAACAUGUUCUUCGUUAGAUUUUCGGCUACUGGGCUUGUCCCUGCAGUUUCUUGUAUGUUCAUCGAUAGUCCAAUUUAAUGAGGUUAUGGUUGUGUUUGUUGUUGUUUUAAUUGUUGAUGUUGUUCUGACUGUUGUUGUUGUUAUUUUUUGUUGCUGUGAUUGAUUAUCCCAUAAAACAGUCCUUUAAUAUUAACAUGAUACCCUUUUAAAUACAUUGAAUCAGUUUAUCUCAGUUCUUUGUUAUUCCACAUGUGUGCUCUUUUUAAUGGUGCAUUAUAUUCAUGUAUUUAUAUAUUCAUCAGUUUAUCUCAAAUCCUUGUUACUCUAUGCUUUUAUUCAUAGAAUACUAAAUUCUUGCGUCUUUAAUUAUAUACAAUUUACAACUUUCUCAAAUUUAGAAACGCAACUUUUUCACCACAGUGUAUCAAUUUUCGCCUAUUACUACCUAUUUUCUCUAUUGUUGUAACAAAAAAUAUAUCCCCAAUCUCAAUUCGACAAAAAAUAGCGAUUGGGAAAGGGGGAACAAACCAUUGAAACUUGAAACACGACUCCCUUCUUUAUCAUAGUUUAUAUAAAACAUUAAAAUAUAUCUCCCUAAGACCGUAAAUGAAAUAUACGAUCUCUAAAACAUUUUAUGAGACAGACAUAGAAGUGGCGAAAAAUUAUGUAGCUUUGACUUUUCCAAGAAAGAUUA